AUGACAGAUAAUAAUUAUAAGAAAAUUAUAAGAGCAGUUUUUACAGAUGAUACAGUAAGAGUUUAUCAAGCAUUUAAUUCUAAAAUUGCAGAUGAUGCAAUAUUAAAUCAAAAAUUUACAUUAGAGUCGGGUUGGUCCGAUAAUAGAACUACAUGGAUUAAACCUAGUUUUUGUUGGAUUCUCUAUAGAAGUGGAUAUGCUUGCAAACAUAAUCAAGAGAGAAUACUUGCAAUUGAUAUAAAAAGAGAAGCAUUCGAAUACAUUCUAGAGAAUCAUAUUGAUGCUCAUGAAACUGGUAAAAGUGCAAUUCCAUCAAGUAAAAAAAAAAUCGUUGUUCAGUGGGAUCCAGAAAGAAAUAUUUCAAUUAGUAAAUUAGAUGGGUGUGGUGAUAUUAGGUCCAUUCAAAUCGGUGUUAAAAAAGCAAAAAUUAAAGAAUACAAUGAACAAUGGAUUCAAGCAAUAACUGAUGUCACUCCAAUUGCUCACCAAAUUAAAAAAGAAUUAGAUAAAGGUGAUUUAGAAAAAGCAAAAUCUUUAUUACCAGAUGAAUUGGUAUAUACACCAAAAAAUGUUAGAUUUUAA